AUGUGGAAUUUGGUGGUAGCAGUGAUCCUCUACAAUUACCUUGCGUACAUUGCGUGGUCCUUCAGAAUCCGCUUGGAGGACGGCAGUGCCUACGGUGUGAUACGACAACCUCAAACAGGGGAGUACAUUUUUGGGGUUUCCAGUGAGUUGUAUCGAGCAUCAUCGCUGAUUCACCAUCGGCCGCAAAUUCCGAUGCUUGUCGUUUACGCUCGUCCUUUCGGGGAGUAUCUUCACAGCAAGGUCGAGCCUGCGUUGGGGAUGCCUUUGACGGACCGUCCAUUGGAGACAUCAAGACAAGAGGCUGUUCUGGGACGUGCAGCAUGGCCCGCACCAGUGUCGUCUGUGGACAUGGAUGGCCAUGGAUUGAGCAGCGAUGCCAUGGAGGCAGGACGAGAUGUGGAUUAUUCGUCGUCGGACGACAUGUAUUCUUUGGAGAUUGUUGGGCUGUCGAAUCAACAAAUCGAGGAGAGGUUGAAUUAA